CCAGGUAGUGUGGCGAGGGUAGAUAAGCCCCCUAAUGAGGUGAAAACCCUCCCCUCCCCUGCAGUAUCCCCCCCAGCACCAACAACCGGAAUAAGGGAUGUCACGGCUGUUCCUCUUUGCGGCAAUGCUGAUUGUCUCCUGCAGCAUUGAAGUGUCUCCUGCUGAUUCUCUGGAUAAGCUGAAGGAGAGUUGGAAGUUAUACAUGGACGAGUGUGAGCGCAACAACAGCCGAGACCCGCCAAGCGCCGGUCUUGUGUGCAACAGGCUAUUUGACAAUUACGCCUGUUGGCCUGAUGGACUCCCCAACGCCACAGUCAGUGUGACGUGUCCAUGGUAUCUUCCGUGGCACAAUAAAGUACAUCAUGGCAUGGUUUAUCAGGAAUGUGAUGCAAGCGGCCAGUGGGCGACUAUGAAGAAUACCAGCGAGUGUGAUUCUAAUGAUCAAAGUCUGGGUAAGCGUCCCCGUCUCAACAAGGCCCACCUGCAAAAAAACAAAGCUAAUGGUGGGUCCUUUUGCAGUGACAAAAUCAUGGAGAGAAAUGUUUCUUCAACCACUGUCCAGACUCUACUCCCUCUUAACACCACUGCUGGCACCAAUGCCACAGCAGAACCCUUCAGUGUGUUUGACGGAUGCGACCAUCAGGUAGAGGGUAUUCUGUUUGAUCUGACCCUCCAGAGCAUCAACGUUAUUGUGGGAAUCCCAGCCAACUUACUUGUCAUUGCAAUCCUCAUCCGAAAUCGCAAAGAACCCACAACUUCAGACAUAUUCUUGGGCUGCCUGGCUUUCAUGGAUGCCUAUUUUAGUGCCACGCCCCCUCUCACCUUCCUUAACCUGUACUACUGGCAGAGCAAAGAAGUUUGGUUAGCCGUCAAGUUUUCUUAUGGUGUAAAAGACACUAGUGGGCCAUUGUUUCUAUCCUGUAUCUGCCUAGAUCGCUUUGUAGCUGUGAUCUUUCCAGUAAGGUUUGGGCAGUUUAAACCCAUCAUUUAUAGGUUAAGCCUCUCAUUGCUGGUAUUCUGCCUUACCUUUGCCUACUCUGCUGCCAAGACUGUGGGAGGCCUCCCCAACUUUGAAAAGGUGUUCACUGGUGAAAUGCUGGCAGCAUUUACUUGGAUGGUCUUGUGUAAUGUGAGCAUACUGUGGGCCCUGAAGAAAUCCAGCAGGGCAGGAGGGAAAGAUGAGAUGCACCCCAUGAAGAAGAAGGCCUUCAAGACAGUGCUGUCCAUCCUUUGUAUCAUUGUGUUUAACUACCUGCCACCUGUAGCACUGUUUCCUUUUGAAGACGUCUACUCCCCUGAUGUGUUCCGCUGCUACGUGCAGCCUGUGGGCUUCGCUUUCCUUAACAUCAGCAGCACCAUCCAGCCGCUUAUCUAUCUAUGUCGUCUGGACAAGGUGCCUUUCUUCUCAGACACCUGCCUGAAAAAUUGCUGUAUCUGUGUUAAUGCAAAGAACAACAAAACCCCAGCUACACAAAUCCCACCUGUUUAG